CUGUUGGGUCGUUGAGUCGGCCACACGAAGCGGGUGCGGGGGCACGGCAAGAGAGUUAUGGAAGCCUAAAGGUCCUGUCCCCCAGGGUCCCUGACCUGCAGUGGCAGGCGGAAGGGACAAGGAUUGGAGCUGAGUACUACCUUCUGAGCUCGAACCGGUGACUGUGGCUACCCUCCCCCUCCCUGCCACCGCCCAGGGAGUGGAAAGAAGUGGGGGUUAAUUACUCUGACCUCUCCGCAGAGUGGCGUCAGGACAGGGUUCUACCACAGCAGUGAUAUCAUAUGGCACCGUACUGAGGUGAUGAGCCAGGGUGAUGCCAAAGGCAGGGUCUGAUGCCGUGGGAGCCACUUGAUACCUAAGAGACCUCGUUUUAUCCAAGUAUGAAAACCAGAUUACUAUUUUCACUGAGUACCUAGAAGAAUAUCCAAAUACAGAUGAGUUGGUAUGGAUCUUAGGGAAGCAGCAUCUCCUUAAAACAGAUUGGGAAAGAAAGACCUUUUAACUUGAAGCUGCUAACAACCCAGCACCCAGAUAAAGCCAGAGCUUGGAAAGAGGCAGUUCUGAGAUUUGUAUCUUUCUGAGGAGACAUCCUCUUCAGAGGCCCUCACUUAGUGUGGAGGAAAGAACAGGAAGAGGCUGAUGAAAAGGCAGGAGAGGAAGUUAGGCAUUGUCCAGCUCCUCCUGAGCCUGGAUUCAUUAUUUUGAUUGGAGAAUUGCGAACAGUAAAGAGAGCCUGGAGCUAGCGAUUAGGAGACCUUUGGUAUUCAGACUCUUCUAACUAAGAAAAAUCUAAGCUGUUGUCUGAUAUAAGUGCCCGUCUAUGGUUUACAUACAGAAGGAAAUUUUCACCAAUUGGGGGAACAGGUCCUUCAUCAGAUGCUGGUUGGGGAUGUAUGCUACGCUGUGGACAGAUGAUGCUGGCUCAGGCCCUUAUCUGUAGACAUUUGGGAAGGGACUGGAGCUGGGAGAAACAAAAAGAACAACCCAAAGAAUACCAACGCAUCCUACAGUGCUUCUUAGAUAGAAAAGAUUGUUGCUAUUCUAUCCAUCAAAUGGCACAAAUGGGUGUAGGAGAAGGGAAAUCAAUUGGCGAAUGGUUUGGACCAAAUACAGUUGCACAGGUGUUAAAAAAACUUGCUUUAUUUGAUGAAUGGAAUUCCUUGGCUGUUUAUGUUUCAAUGGAUAACACAGUGGUCAUUGAAGAUAUCAAAAAAAUGUGCCGUGUCCUUCCCUUGAGUGCUGACACACCUGGUGACAGGCCUCCCGAUUCUCUGACUGCUUCAAACCAGAGUAAGGGCACCUCUGCCUACUGCCCAGCCUGGAAACCCCUGCUGCUCAUUGUGCCCCUUCGCCUGGGCAUAAACCAAAUCAAUCCUGUCUAUGUUGAUGCGUUCAAAGAGUGUUUUAAGAUGCCACAGUCUUUAGGGGCAUUAGGAGGAAAACCAAAUAACGCGUAUUAUUUCAUAGGAUUCUUAGGUGACGAGCUCAUCUUCUUGGACCCUCACACAACCCAGACCUUUGUCGACGCUGAAGAGAAUGGAACGGUUAAUGACCAGACUUUUCAUUGCCUGCAGUCCCCACAGCGAAUGAACAUUCUGAACCUGGAUCCUUCAGUUGCAUUGGGAUUUUUCUGCAAAGAAGAAAAAGACUUUGAUAACUGGUGUAGCCUUGUUCAGAAGGAAAUUCUAAAGGAGAAUUUAAGGAUGUUUGAAUUGGUUCAGAAACAUCCAUCACACUGGCCUCCCUUUAUACCUCCAGCCAAGCCAGAAGUGACAACCACUGGGGCAGAAUUCAUUGACUCUAAUGAACAACUGGAAGAGUUGGAUCUGGAGGAAGAUUUUGAAAUUCUGAGUGUGUAGAAUCCUGGGAACUCAACUUGGAGGUCUGUCUUCCAUCUGGCACCAUAAAAACAUGAACUUAUUACAUAAAACUUUAAUAGUCAGCAAGUGCCUGAUAUGCCAAUAGCAUACAAACUCGAUAGCUUUCAUGACUGAGCCAAUCACUGUUUCUCAGAAAACAAAACAAAACAAAACAAAAUGACAGUAACCCUUUCCCAGAAAGAAAGAGAACAAUCAUGGACCUAGGAGCAGAGGGAUAAGGAGAAGUUCAUUGCUUCUCAGCUUGUCUUACAUGGCUACAGUAAGUCUUCAGCUGCUGCAAUGAGGAGAUGGAUAUCUGGAAGACAGACAGCAACUCUCAGCUUGCUUCAAGCACCAGCAGAUAAGAGACGGUUAAGCUGUGCUUCUUCACCCUUUCAGGUGUGACCUCUUUAGGACUAAAUACUAAGAAGCAAUCUAUUCUCUUGCUCAAAUAAUAAAGUGACUGAAUCAGGGAGGAAAAGGUUCUUGUUAUAUUAUUUGAUUGUGUAGUUUGAGAAAUUAUAAUGUAUAUCAAAAUGUUUGUCAAAGAAAUGAUGUCAAAUAUACACUUCUUGAUCUCCUUCCUAUUUGUGGGAAUCUUACUAUUUGAUGGGUCACUGCCCCCAUUCUUACUGAUAAUUUUGUCAGAUGUCACCCUGUCCUUAAAUCAAAUCAUGAUCACUUAAAUCAGGAGUCAGCAAACUUUUGCUAUAAAGGGCCAGACAGUAAAUAUUUUUUGGGCUUUGCAGGCUAUGUGGCCUCUGUCACAUCUACUCAACUCUGCUGUUGACGUGCAAAAGCAGCCAUAGACAAUAUGCAAGCAAAUGAAUGUGGCUGUAAUCCAAGAAAACUUUAUUUACAAAAACAGGUGGAGGGCUGGGUUUGGGCUACAGGCUGUAGCUUGCCAGUGACUUAAAUUGUUGAUUUUUGUUUGAGAAAUUAAAAAUAAAUUGUAUUUGAAUUAUA